UACAAGAACAAGAUAGAGAGGAUCGUAGGUGUAAUUUGUAAGAGAAAUUGGCGGCGUGGGGGAAUUGAAAGCAUUUAAUUUAAAGGUUUAACCUGUAAGUUUGAAAUUAUAAGAUAUAAGAACGAUAAGCGAUCAAUAUGACUGUUGGAAAGAACAACAAAAUGCUUCAACAUAUAAACUACAGGGUAAGAGUUAUCCUGCAAGAUGGCCGAGCCUUUAUUGGAACAUUCAAGGCUUUUGACAAACAUAUGAACUUAAUCCUUGGAGACUGUGAAGAGUUCAGAAAGGUAAAAGCCAAGAGCAGCAAACAGCUAGAAAGAGAAGAAAAACGAGUAUUGGGAUUGAUAUUGUUGAGGGGAGAAAAUGUUGUGUCCUUGACAGUGGAAGGACCACCACCUCCAGAGGAAGGAUUACCAAGAGUUCCAAUUCCUGGUGCUGCCCCUGGUCCCGGAAUAGGUCGAGCUGCUGGUCGAGGAGUGCCAGCUGCACCCGUAGGGUCAGCUCCUGCCGGUUUGCAAGGUCCAGUUAGGGGAAUAGGGGGUCCUUCACAAGAUGUCAUGACUCCACAAGGACGAGGGGCUUCUCUCUCUGCUCCACCACAGAUACGGCCACAGAUUGGUCCCCCUAAUCUAGGAGGACCUCCAAGAAUGGGUGGUCCCAUGCCUGGUCGAGGGAUGAUGGCUCCUCCACCAGGAAUGAUGGGACGUGGAAUGCCUCCAGGACAAAUGCCAAUGGGUGGCCCACCCCCAGGAAUGCGAGGAUUACCACCAGGAAUGAUGAGAGGAGGUCCUCCUCCAGGAAUGAGACCACCACCCAGACCUAGCCAAUAAGGAUUGAAAGUCUGUUUCAUGUCAUUUACUUGCAUCUCGUUAAGUGAUUACUCUUUAGAGUAAUUUCGCUGUUUUAUUUGUGUGGUGAUAUAUCGUAAACGUUUUGAAAACAAUAAAACCAGCUUCACAUUUUGA